AUGUCUUCUUCGACCAUCAGCACAACACUCCCUUCUUCAGACAACAACAGUACCAGCUUAAAUCCCAUGACAACUGGCGUUAAAAUCGCAGCCUACCUUGUCGUCUUAAUUUUCAGUCUUAUCGGAAACUCCUUGCUGGUUGCAAUAGUGUACAAGAACGCCAACAAGCGAAUGCGAACUCCGAGUAAUUACUUCAUCGUGAACAUGGCCUUGGCCGACAUAUUAGUGGUUGCUUAUGCGGUUCCUCAGAAUAUUGUCUUGACUGUUUAUAACUUUCGAUGGCUUGUCGGAGGAGUAGCUGGUCAGAUCCUCUGUCGCUUUUCCUUCUUCGUUACUCAACUGCCAAUCUUGGUUUCUACCGGAAGUCUUCUUAUAGUGGCGUUGGAUCGCUAUUUUCUGGUGUUUUAUCCGAUGAAAAGAAUAAUCACGAUUCAAAUCGCCCGUCGUAUAAUUAUCACCGUGUGGAGUUUCACUGCAGUGUUUACUGCCCCUUUAUUCGCCUUGAUCGCGGUAGUGGAGGUUUCCCCGGGAAUUCGUCACUGCACCAUUGAAUUUAAGAAGCUAGGCUUGGCAGUCUCAUAUUUCUUGUUUUGCUACACCACCAUAAUAGCUAUACCACUUGUCAUCAUCAUCGCUCUCUACGUUGCCAUUGGAUUUAAAAUCAGUCGGGCUGCACCGCCCGGAAACCAACUGCCAUCGACUCAGGAAAGGAGGGAACGGAUAACACACAAGGUUUUGGCAAUGCUUAUCGCUAUUGUUACAGCGUUGAUUUUGCUUCGUUUGCCUCUAGUUAUUGGACUGAUACUUUGUUUUAGCCGCUUUCAUUAUCUUUGCGGUAAGAUUGACCUCAUGUUUAUAACGUGGUUUUUGACUCUAACUAAUAGCACCCUCAAUCCCUGGAUUUAUUUCAUUUUCAAUGACAAAUUUCGCCAUGGAGCAAGGCUUAUCUUAGAAAAGUUCUUCCCGUGUUGUUUUAAGGGCGUAAAUGGAGUGGAGGCAAUACAAAACAGUACUCACCAAAUGGUUGGCUUGCCGGGUGAACACUCAGAAACCGUCCAUCAGCGUUAG